ACCGAAUCGCUGCCAGUGUUAGCGGUGGGAUCCGUGUCCAGCUCCUCUGUGUCCGCCCAGACCUCCGCACACUUUAGGGUCUGCUUCUCCGGUGAAGAAGGCGAACAAUGGCAACAACAGUGACCCUGAAUACCGGCGCACAAAUGCCCAUUCUGGGACUGGGAACGUGGAAGUCUCCUCCUGGUGAAGUUGCAAAUGCAGUGAAAGCAGCCAUAUCAGCAGGCUACAGGCACAUAGAUGGGGCGUUUGUGUACCAGAAUGAGGCCGAGGUGGGUGAGGGAGUUCACGCCAUGAUCAAGGAUGGUGUGGUCAAGAGAGAGGAACUUUUCAUAGUUAGCAAGCUGUGGUGCACAUUCCAUGAGAAGUCCCUAGUGAGGCAAGGCUGUGAGAAAACUCUUGGUGAUCUAAAACUGGACUACCUAGACCUCUAUUUGGUACACUGGCCCAUGGGGCUCAAAGCUGGCACUGAGCUCUUCCCUUUGGACAGUGCAGGGGAGGUAAUAACUGAUAACACAUCCUUUCUAGAGACAUGGGAGGCCAUGGAGGAGCUUGUUGAUGCCGGUUUGGUCAAAGCCAUUGGUGUCUCCAACUUCAACAAGGACCAGAUUGAAGCCAUACUGAACAAGCCAGGCCUAAAAUACAAACCUGCCAACAACCAGGUGGAGUGCCACCCGUACCUGACUCAGGAGAAGCUAAUCAACUACUGUCACUCUCAGGGCAUCUCUGUGACGGCUUACAGCCCCCUGGGCUCCCCUGAUAGACCCUGGGCUAAACCAGAAGAUCCCUCACUGUUGGAGGAUCCUAACAUCAAGGCCAUUGCUGAGAAACAUAAGAAGACGUCUGCUCAGGUCCUGAUCCGAUUCCACAUUCAGAGGAAUGUGAUUGUGAUCCCCAAGUCAAUCACACCUCACCGCAUUCAGGAGAAUUUCCAAGUGUUUGACUUUGAACUAAGUGAGGAGGACAUGAAGAUGAUUUUAGGAUUUAACAGAAACUGGAGAGUCUGUCCUAUGCAAUGGAGUACAAAGCACAAGGAUUAUCCAUUCAACACUGAAUUCUGAAGUGAACAAUGAACAUGUUUGCAGUAGGGGCUAGAAUUUGCUUCUUUGCAGUUUCGACUCCUUCUCCUCUUGCUAUAAGGAGCAUUUUUCUUUGUUGCUGUGGCCUUUCAUCAGAUUUUCGCUGAUAUGUUUAGUGGAGAAAUGUGUGUUACCAGUAUGGUCUAUAUACCUCUACACUUUCACUCGCACUCUAAAAGUCAAGACACAGUCUUGCUCAUAUUUAAACAGCCCACUGAAUAUGUGGAAGAAUACACUUUUUUGUCGCCACGUCAUGUACAUUUUACUCUUUGUGUACUUAUGCCAGCAAAGACAUUGAGUUACUGAGCAAACUGUGUACAUUGUAGCUUCAUUAGGUCAAUAUUGGGGUGUAACAAUAGAUAAACUGUGUUACAUAGAAUCACAAGAAAACUGCCAACAGUACUUGAAGCCAAAAUAAACUGAAGAAAAUCAGCACAUUAAAGAAUUAAGCAAAGAUGGUACAGCCAGGGAAGAGUUGGAUAUUAAAGCACUCCUCAUUCAUUUUGUCUGUCAUAGUAAUUUAGCAUAAUAAUGUCUGAAAUCCAAAUAUUAACUACAUUUGCCCUGUGAUGACAAAGCACUCCUCAGUGUUCUAUACAAGUCAUUUAUGUGUGUGAUCAUGUGUUGUGGGUCUGCUGAGUGGCUUUCACUUCCCAUGUUUUUGUAAGGUUUUCUUUUUUUCUCUCUUAAGAUGAACAAUAAAGUCUUCUGG